AUGGCUACCCCUGACAGGAGAGUAGUCUCUAGACCCCAGAGACCUGGCCAGGGUCCAAAGGAGAGCGGGGCCUGCCUGGGUCCCCUGGAGCAAGCCAUGCGGAGCAAGGCAUGGGAAUUCUUUCAGACCUGCGACACAGAAGGCAAGGGUUUCAUCGCCAAGAGGGACAUGCAGAGGCUCCAUGAGGAGUUGCCACUCAGCCUGGAGGAACUGGAAGAUGUGUUUGAUGCCCUAGAUGCUGAUGGCAAUGGCUUUCUGACACCAGAGGAGUUCACCACUGGAUUUAGUCACUUCUUCUUCAGCCAGAACAAGCCAGGUCAGGAAGAUGCCGGUGAACAGAUGGCCCAGCUCCAGGAAGAGAAGGUGUAUCAGUCCAGAGGGGAAGAGCAUGUGGGCGCCAUGGAUGACGAUGAGGAGACCCAGUUCCAAACGCUGAUGGACAAACUUGGAGCCCAAAAGGGUUUUGAAGAUGAAAGUGAUAUCAAGCAACUCUGGCUACAGCUGAAGAAGGACGAACCUCACUUACUGGCCAACUUCGAGGAUUUCCUGACCAGGACCUUCUCCCAGCUCCAAGAAGCCCACGAACAGAAGAAUGAACUGGAGUGUGCCCUGAAAAAGAAAAUUGCUGCUUAUGAUGAAGAAAUCCAGCAUCUCUAUGAGGAGAUGGAACAGCAAAUCAAGCAUGAGAAGGAGCAGUUUCUCCUAAAAGACACGGAGAGGUUUCAGGCCCACAGCCAGGAGCUGGAGCAGAAACUGUUGUCGAAGAACCAGGAGCUAGAGCAGCUCAUCCAGAAGCAGAAGCGGCUGGAAGGCCAGUGCGCCAUGCUACAAAAUGAUGAGCAUGAAACCAAGGCUGAGAACACCAAGCUGAAAGUCACAAACCAGGAGCUGGCCCAGGAGCUGGCGCGGACCUCCCGGGAGCUGCAGGAUGCCCAGCAGCAGCUGGAAAGCCUCCAGCAAGAGGCCCGCCAACUCCACCAGGACAAGGAGAUGGAAGUGUACCGCGUGACGGAGAGUCUGCAGCGCGAGAAGUCGGGGCUCUUGAAGCAGUUGGAUUUCCUGAGGGAAAGGAACAAGCAUCUUCAGGAUGAACGGGACGUACGUUAUCAGAAAGAUAAGGCAGCCAAGGCAAACACAGCUGCUUCCAAGGCGAACUGGAAACAGAGAUCUGGCUCUGUGAUAGGCAAAUACUUGGACAGCAGAGGGAUUCUUAGGAGCCAGUCAGAGGAAGAAGAAGAUGUGUUUGUCCUCCCACGGAGGAGAAGCUCCCUAGGCCUGAGUGGAUAUCCCCUUCCAGAAGAGGAGCCAGGGGCUGAAGGUCCACUCCCCCGGGUACUCCGCAGAAUCAUCUCCAUUGAAGAAGACCCCCUGCCCCAGCUCCUGGAUGGCAGCUUUGAGCAGCCAUUGAGCAAAUGCCCAGAAGAGGAGGAGGUUGCCCAGCAGAGGGUGGAAGGACAAAGCCAGCAGGCCAGACCCUUGGAACCCAUGCCUGCAUCUCCCCGAGGACAGCCUGUUGGAAAAGAAGACUUGUCUAAGGAGGAAGCCCCUCCCUCCAGCCUAGACCGACUCUUCAAAAUCGUGCUAGUGGGCAACUCCGCCGUGGGGAAGACUUCCUUCCUGAGGAGGUUCUGUGAGGAGCGGUUUGCCCCCGGCUUGGCAGCCACUGUGGGCAUCGACUAUCGGGUGAAGAUGGUGAGCGUGGACGACUCGUCCGUGGCGCUGCAGCUGUGGGACACGGCGGGGCAGGAGAGGUAUCGCUGCAUCACUCAGCAGUUCUUCAGGAAGGCCGAUGGUGUCAUCGUCAUGUACGAUGUCACCGCCAGACAGUCGUUCCUGUCGGUCCGGCAGUGGCUGAGCAGUGUGGAGGAAGCUGUGGGAGACUACAUCCCUGUUCUUCUGCUGGGCAAUAAAAUUGACAACGAGAAAGAGCGGGAAGUUCCACGAGGCCUCGGAGAGCAGCUUGCCAAGGAGAACAAUCUGAUCUUCUACGAAUGCAGUGCCUAUUCCGGUCACAACACCAAAGAGUCCCUGCUCCAUUUUGCCAGGAUCCUCAAGAAACAAGAAGAUACAGCGAGGGAGGACACAAUACAGGUUGACCGCCCUGCCAAAAAGAAAUCUUGCUGUGGCUGA